UUUUCAAAAUUACACUAUUUUUUUUUUCCAUAUAAACAAGUACACGUAUAAAUUACGAAUUUACGAUAUGAAAAAGGCGGGAAAAUCAAAGGGAACCCUCUAAACUAAACACCCAACUCAAUUUCAUAAUCUCAAUUUUAUUUUUCUCCAACAAAACCCUAAACCUCGCUGCCGCGACUCUCCGAUGGCCGGAAACCGCCAAAUUAGGGCUUUAAAUGUGGCGGAGAAGCCGUCAGUAGCAAAAGCCGUCGCCGGAAUUUUGUCAAGAAAUCAACUUAGGGUUAGAGAAGGAAGAUCCAGGUACAACAAAAUCUUCGAAUUCGACUACACAAUUCGAGGUCAACCUAUUCAUAUGCUCUUCACUUCCGUCACCGGUCAUUUAAUGGAGCUCGAGUUUGAUCAGCGGUAUCGAAAAUGGCAUUCGUGUGAUCCUAGUGACCUCUAUCAAGCUCCCGUUCAUAAAACUGUUCCUCAGGACAAGCUGGACAUCAAGAGAACACUGCAACAGGAAGCAAGGGGCUGCCAGUGGCUCAUACUGUGGCUUGAUUGUGAUAGGGAAGGAGAAAAUAUUGCGUUUGAGGUAAUUGAGGUUUGCGCAGAAGCUAACCCCAAUUUGAAUACAUGGAGGGCUCGCUUUUCUGCUUUGAUUGACAGGGAUAUCCAUGAAGCAGUACAGAACCUUGUUCGACCAAAUCAAUCAUUUGCCGAGGCUGUAGAUGCAAGGCAGGAGAUAGAUCUACGUAUUGGUGCUUCUUUCACCAGGUUCCAGACAAUGCUUCUUAAAGAUGCUUUCAACUUCAAUAUUGCUACUGAGGACAGAAGUCUUGUUUUAAGUUAUGGUCCAUGUCAGUUUCCAACACUUGGCUUUGUUGUGGAAAGGUAUUGGGAAAUACAAGCACAUGAACCGGAAGAGUUUUGGACUAUCAAUUGUUCUCACAACUCAGAGGAAGGAAUUGCAAAUUUCAGUUGGAUGCGUGGCCAUAUGUUCAACUAUACCUGUGCAGUCAUCAUCUAUGAGAUGUGUGUUGAGGAACCAAUUGCUACUGUUACAAUGGUUAGACAGCAGGAAAAACUAAAAUAUCCUCCUUACCCGUUAAGUACAAUUGAACUUGAAAAACGUGCGUCACGAUACUUCAGAUUGAGUUCAGAACACACCAUGAAGGUGGCAGAAGAGCUAUACCAAUCUGGUUUCAUUAGCUAUCCUCGAACUGAGACGGACUCUUUCUCGGCUAGGACUGAUCUGCAUGCAAUUGUGCAAGAACAACAAGCGCAUCCAGUAUGGGGUAUCUAUGCACAACGGUUAUUGGACCCUGAGGCAGAUCUUUGGAAAAAUCCUGGUAGUGGUGGCCAUGAUGACAAAGCUCAUCCACCAAUUCAUCCUACAAAGUUUUCUGCUGGGGAGUCUGGAUGGAGCCAGGACCACUAUAAAGUAUAUGAGCUGGUUGUUCGCCAUUUCCUGGCUUGUGUCUCACAGCCAGCUGUGAGCGCUGAGACUACAGUAGAAGUUGAUAUAGCUGGUGAAAUGUUUUCUGCAUCUGGAAGAGUGAUCCUUGCUAAAAAUUAUUUGGAUGUCUACCGCUUUGAAAGUUGGGGAGGUUCUAUGAUUCCAACUUAUAUGUUUGGACAACAGUUUACUCCAACUACGUUGACUUUAGAUUCAGGAGUGACCAGACCACCUCCGCUCUUAAGUGAAGCUGAUUUGCUGAGCUGCAUGGAUAAAGCAGGAAUUGGUACUGAUGCAACCAUGCAUGAUCACAUCAAGAAGCUGUUAGAUCGUUUCUAUGCUACGAAAGAUGCAAAUACUCGUUUUUCGCCUACUAAUCUAGGCGAAUCAUUGGUUAUGGGAUAUGAUGACAUGGGAUAUGAGCUCUGGAAACCUUAUCUCAGAUCCAAGAUGGAGGAUGAUAUGAGGGCUGUUAGCUUAGGAACCAAGAGAAAAGCAGAAAUUUUGGCUUCAUGUUUGCAAGAAAUGAAAGCUUGUUUCUUAGAUGCUAGGGUGAACAAAGUUAAACUCUUUGAAGCCAUGGAAAUAUUUUUUGACAGAACUAAUAGGUCUGGGGCAGAAGAGCAGCAGACAGUUGGUGGUGUUGUUCGCUGCUGUGGUCUUUGCCAUCAGGCUGAUAUGGCACUGAAACGUAAACCGGAUGGAAAAUUCAUGGUUUCGUGCUUGGGCUUUCCUCUGUGUAGAAAUGUUGUUUGGCUACCUGGAUCUAUAUCAGAAGCAACUGUGACCUCUAAUAUAUGCAACUUGUGCUCUCCAGGUCCAGUGUUCUUAAUACAGUUCAAGUUUCGGCAGUUGGAAAUUCCUCCAAAUUACAGUGUGGAUCAUUUAGGCUGUGUUGGUGGAUGUGAUGACACACUCAGGCAGUUAACAGAAAUAUGUGGAACUGGUCCUCGCAAUCUUUCUGGGACAUCUGCUUCAGUGCGAGGACAAACUCCAACCACCACUUCUGCAAGAAAUAUGGCAAGUAAUGUGCAGUGUGGUGUCUGCUCCCACUGUAGACAGACAGGGCAUAGUUCGAAUGAUUGCCCUUCCCAGGUCUCAACAUCUGGACGUGCUAGGUCUCGAGCAACAAAUCACACUGAUGAGAGUUCCUCAGUAUCAUGUAGUUCGUGUGGAGAACCCUGCGUAUUGCGAACAGCAAAUACUGCAAAUAAUAGGGGCAGAAAGUUUUAUUCAUGUCAAUCUCAGGAGUGCAGAUUUUUUGUAUGGGAAGAUAUGGUUGAUGGUGGCGCUGGAGGACAGAAUGCUUUGCAUACCCAUGGAAGAGGCUCAAAUGCUACAUCUGGUAGACGGGGUGGUCGAGGUAGGGGGCGCCGUGGUGGGGGUCGUGGAAGUGAUACGACUUUCGUUUCAGCAACAGGUGAACCUGUAUCCGGAAGAAGAUGCUUUACUUGUGGUGAUCCAUCUCACUUUGCAAAUGCUUGCCCAAACCGUGGCAUAUAGGUUGUGUUUUUCCAGAUAAUCACUGCAGUUAGAUCAUACAUCCUGUAACUUAUCCAGUAUUCUGUGUAUAAUGUGUAAUCCAAAUUUACUGGCAAAUCUAUGAUUCAAAAUUAUAUCAUGUACACUCUAUGCUUAUAAUAGAUUAUGGUUGGAGGGUUA